AAGGACAAUAAACGAAAGGAGCUUAUAUAUUUUACAAGGUCUGUGUCUACUCAUUAUAAUAUCUCAUCAUCAGAAAUUGGAAUUUUUUGAGAAUUUACAGCCUGGUGGGGAUUAGAUCCCAAUUCUAAGUCUACCCAUUAACGUAGAUGCGCUUACAAUCUGAACCUCCACCUUUCGUUUGAAACCCGCAACAGAACAGAUUAUUAAUCAGCAGCAGGGGUCUAAUGAGGUUUCUUCCAUUUAGACAACUUGCUCGGAUUCUUGGCUUGAGAUGCUGCAAGCAUUAAGGCGGGGCCCGGCCAAGGGAUAACAACAUAUUCAGAUGAGAAAGCUAGCUCAGAAUUGAUUGGAAGCUUUGCUUAUGAUGAAGCAAAGGGUAUGGAGCUGCCUCAUGUAUAUGAAUUCACUGUAGCAGCAGAAGAUGUUGAUGUUACUUGUCCAGGUGAUUUGGAAAGCAAUGCCUAUAGUAAGAAUUCUUCAUCUCAAUUUUAUCAAGGCACCGAUAGUUUUUUGUUUUUUGUUUUUCAUUCCAACUUGAGUUUAAGAAGACGAACUCACUGCCUUUGUCGACUGGUCUAACUCACAUUUGCUAAUUACGAUUCAAUUAAAAGAAAUAAAAACCGGGAAAAUAUUCAAAGAGCAGCAGCCCUUUUUAAGUAUCACGUGGACUGCGACUUUGCUCUUUAAAAGAGCAAGCAUAUAUACUUUGCAUUCCCUUUUGGGGAGAUCUGCCCAAAAGUGGAGUGAGAUUCCAGUCCUACUAGAGGAGGAAAAUCUGCCCAGGGAAAUUGCAAAUUUCCAAUAAAUCGUAACUAAAUAUUUGUAAGAGAGGUAAGUUCAAGAAGCAGAAAAUUGGAGAAGGCAUAAACCAAAAUUAAACAAGUCCCAGAAAGUUUCCAAGGUAUCAGAUACAAUUUCAAUAUAUACCAGUCCCUGCCUUCAUCUUCUUCAACAAAGCCAAUCCUCUCCUUCCAAACCAUACAUGGCAGACAAAAGCAAAUCGUUUCGCUUUAGGUUCUCUUUGCGAAAGCGUGGUUCUCAGCGUGGUUCUCAAGUAGAACCAGAGCCACGUCCAGUGGCCAAAGCCCAAAUCCCUGCCCAGACAACCACCAAUGUCCCUGUAGAGCGACCGCCAUUUCGGCCUGCAGGAAUUGCCCCUGUGAAGUCCUCUCCUUCCCAAGCUCAGGCACCAUCAAGAACUGAGCAUCCUCCACAAUCACCAUCUCCAUCUCGUACAGAUGAGUCCCGAAAACCAUCUGGUUCAACAACUGAAACUCAACUUCAGGUUGAAUCUUCUCCACCAUCACCAUCUCGUGUAGCUUCUCAACCCUCCCAAGCAGCAUCACAAGUAUCAUCCCCUCAGACUCAACCACAGCCCACCGUUCCAGAGAGCUCUUGGCUUCCUUCCUUUUCUGCUCAACCCCCAUCACCUGCCUCUCAACCAGAACCAAAGGAAGCAAUACCUCAACCAAAUGCAGAAAUCGUUACGUCUGAAAUUAUUUCCAAUGCUUCAAGAGAAUUCACCGUUCAAACUCAUCCAGCUUUGGCAGAAGCAGAAACAAUUGCUUCACCUGAGAAGGUUGAUCCUGAUACCAUUGGUGGAUAUAAAAAGCAGCUUCCAGAAUCAGAGACAGAGUCAAAAGAGGGGAAGAAAGUAGGGCAAGUGCUGACCAAAGAAGAAAAGACCAACGAUCCAGGUUAUGGAGAACCAAUGCAAGAAACAGUCAUUCAAUUUCAUGCUGCAGUAACAGGCUCAGGAGAGCACACUCAAGGGCCGGUUGGAGUUGCAUCGCAAGCAGAGGAACAGCACGAGAAGCAAGAAACUUCAGAUAGAACAGAGACUUUUACCACCACCAGCUCCAGUUCGAGACCGAUCAGAACUCCAAAAGACAGAAGCACCUCAAGGAUGUCUUUUCAAAAGAUAGUUUCGUCAACUGCAGAACAAGCUCCCCCACAUAAAGAAAUCAGAGAAGAUGCUCGCAAACUUCAUAAGCAGGCCACUGGGAACCAAAUGCUUGAAAAUCUAGUUAGCGUCAUCACCCUAACUGGUGAAAACAGAGGAGCAUCAAUGCACUCAAGCUCAGAACCAGCAAAAGAAGAAGAAUCCGUUCACAUACACCGCAGAUAUAAGAGCAAUCCGGAUGACAGCCUUGAAUCCACUACUGAUGAAGAGGUAAACAACAAGGAUAGAAGUUUCGAGGACGGGACGAUUCAUGAUGAUCAACAAACGGGUGCAUUUAUCAACAGCAAUGUACAGAGCAUCAAUAACGCUAUUGUGUUCAAUAGUUUUGUCACAGCAGGGAACUCCGGUGUUGAGGCGGUUUUUCCUCAAAAUCCUGCAGAAUCCAUCAAGUCAAAUGGUAAAUCAGAGCCCCUUGAAACACACAACCCUGCAGAAUCCAUCAAGUCAAAUGGUAAAUCAGAGCCCCUUGAAACACACAACGCUAAAUUCACCGUUAGACGGCGAUGCCUUAGAGGGCUCUUCUUGGAACCAAGUGACUCAGACCCAGAUAACCCUGAAAAGCCUCGACGUCAUGGCUGUCGCUAUAGUUGUGGGGGAAAGAGAACAGACUGAGAUCGGGAUUCUCUAACCAUGUAAUAUCACCUUUAUAAGAUCUAUAUUUUAAGAUGAGAGUGAAGUUUACAUACUUGGAGAAAGUUGCAAAAAAGUGCUUUUAUGCAUAUAAAUAAAUUGGCAACUUACAUUA